AUGAACUUGGGUGGACAGAAAUUAAAUCUACAAUAUUCUCUAUUCUUGCUUUUUAUCUCGAUUUCUUCCGCUUUAAAACCAAUUUGGAAAACGGCGCCAAGAGAUGCGAAAAAUAACAUUUCCUUAAUCGCCUCCCGUUCCCAGCGAGCUUCAAACCCGUCACUCAUCGAUUCCAAGCCCGGUCCUCCAUCGUAUUAUACUCUACCAGAAAAUUUUCAGGGCCCCGUCCCACCGCCAUUCCACUCAUUUUUCCCUAAAGGACCAUUCAAUCGACUCUAUCCAGCAAUAAUUAGAGAACCACCGGCUCCCUAUGUUCCCAUUUCGCAAGUGCCAAUCGCCCCCUAUCCUCCACUUUCUGAAGUAAAAGAGAGCUACAGUAGUCCUUCAACUACAAGAGAGCCAUCAAGAGAACCUUCAGCUCCAAGUGCCACUCCGAAUGGAUAUUUUGAAGAAAGGGUUACGUCCACCACACAACCACAAAAUGGUCCGGAAAACCAAACUUCUUCGCCAACGGCUCCACCGAGGGAAUUUAAAACAGCUGCACCAAGGGAGCUUACAACGUCUAGUUAUCAAUUAGAGUCAAAUCCAAAGGAUUUCCCGGAUCAAAGACCGUAUCCAGAGCCAAUUCCGAGCAGCCAAGUGUACAGUUAUUCCGGGCCAACUCGUCCACCAGUUUCCACGAGUGUACCCUAUUAUCCACGACCCGUGCAUGAACAACCGUACGCACCUGAUCUGAGCCUCAUCCCGCCAACAUUUGCCCACCUUGCUCCGCCAAAAUGCUCGAAUUACGUCUGUGAAAUCGAAAAGGAAAAAGUAACCCCGAUGAGGAUAAGCGCCGAUCACCCACCGACACUUGUCAUUAGCAAUACGGUGAAAGAAAAGACACCAAAUGAAAGCCGAGAUUUGGAAGACAGCACAAAGUCGCCAUUUGAUACAAAUCCGUAUGAAGAAGUGAUAAAAAACACUCAUCCACCCGGUGGCCUUGUUUAUCCGCCACCGCUCGAGCUGACGACCAGACGAAAUCUUGAUGAAAUUGAUGAUUUGAGGCUUCCAACAGCUCCACCACGACGUGUCAUCGAAAUUGUAACCAAUGGACCUUAUGAAGUGCCUGAAAACCCAUCAGUGCUCACUCCUUCACCUACAAUCCCACAACGAGCUCUCAAUCCUUACGGAAUACCAGAAGCUCCUGCAAUCACUCCAGCUCCUCCACAAGUCCCAGUGGCCACCCGGAGAAUCCCUGACGCUUACAACCCGCCUGAAGCUCAAACCCGAACUCCGACGACUUCAAAAGCUCCAGAACAAGCUCAAGAAGGGCCAUAUGGACCACCGGCUGAUGAUGUAACCACUGCAUUACCAACUACAGUGGGAAAAAGAAUCGAGUAUCAAACGCGAGCCCCGAUUAUCGAGUUGAGAACAGAAGCUCAUCCUCCUUCAUCCCCACAAAUUCCCUCGAGUCCGCCAUCGAUUCGACCACCAGUCACCGAACAAACGGAGAUAUUGUACGAGUAUUUGGUGACAACACCGCCAAACGCCGAGGAUGUAACUCUGUCGAACGAUGUGCCUACAAGAUUCACCUAUUCUCCCCCGUUGGUUGAAUAUCUUGAAACAACGCCAUCGAAAUUUCCAUCGAUUGGCGACGAUUUCCCGAGAAAUGAAGACGAUAAACACGAAGAUUUGACACCGGAGAGAGAAAUGAUCGAAACGACACAAGUGAAAUGCGGAAUUCGAAACAGUGAAGAGAAUCCGUUGGAAUCGAGAUAUCAUUUAGAGAUUGUUGUAAUGAUCAAUCAACCGAAUGGAACAACCGAUUUACAAACAUUCAUGGCACAAUGUGAACAACAAAGGGUCUACUAUAACAAACAAAAGUUGCCUAAACGAAUCGAAGAAGCUUUGGAGGAAUUACACCUUGUGGCAAGUCGAAUCGAGCAAAAGGCAACGAUUCCACAAGUGGAAAUGAAAAUUUUGAUCGACGAACACCAUGAGCUAGGCGGUGAGACAAGCACAGCCGAGUUGGGCACACAUUUGGCUGUUCAAUGGAAAUUGAUUCCGGAAUCGGAUGCCUAUGGAUUCCACGUUCACAACUGUGUCGUUAGAGACUCGUUCAACGGGAUCGAGCAUCAAAUCAUUGAUCAACAUGGCUGUUCAACGGAUCUUCAAAUUCUCACUCAUCCACAUUAUGACACUUAUCAUGAUCAAGCUGCGGCUAAACUCUGGGCUUUCAAGAUCCCCGAUCACAGUAUGCUGUCGAUUCGGUGUGAUGUGUUGAUUUGUUCGGACAUUCCAUCCACACAAACAAAUCUCUCCAGUUGUGCCACCGUACCCACCCCUCCAUUCUGUCCCGAUUUGAUCACUUCAGCCCCAAAUUCAAUUGCUUUCGAUUUUGGAAAAAGCAAUCGAAAGAGGGAAAGUCUUGGAGAAUUCAUGGAAGAAGAUAUGAUAAGUGAAAGUAGAACGAUUAGUGUUAAAGCCGCGUACUGUAUUGGAGAGGAAUGCAAGAACAAACCGAAAGAACGCCAUCCAUAUUGUGUGGAUGUCUGGUGGGCGACUGUCUCUUCCGGCUUCACUCUGUCAGCUUUCGCUCUCUCGUUAACGGUGAAUACGGUGGUUAGAUUCACGAAAAGAGAU